CCAAGCUGUACUCGAAGCUGAGUGGCUCUGCCUGGGAGUGGCUGGGGUUCCGCGGGGUGUCACCGAUCCAGCCACCCCCUCCCGGGCGCGACUGCACAAUGGCAGGAAGCGGAGCUCCGCGCUUUGUCCUGAGCGCAGUGCAGACCGCCGCUUCCUCCAGCCACCAUGGGGACAGGACCCGGCGUCUCCGGGCGCCGAGCAGCAACCAGGCCGGGCUCCGAGCUGCCCUCCCCAGACUCCCAGUCCCCCUGGGUCGGGGGUCACACCCGCAGCAGCGACAGCCAGCAGUGGAUUAACACAGGAACUGGAACUGGCUACCCGCUGUCCGGAAUCUGGGUCAUCAUAACGUCCAUUGCUGCCAAUGCACAGGACUCAGUUCCUGUCAUCUCCCCUGGGGCAAGUGGGCCACCUGCCGACGGUUCUUUCUGGAGGAGAGGAGAGACACAAGAGCCUGAACACCAAGCCUAAGACUCAGAUUGGUUUCUUCCUGGGAGCCACCCUCCUGCAAGGCUAACUCGGGUAUGCCACCAUGCCGAUUGCCAGCAGCUACACCGCCGGGGACCCCUCAACCUGUGUGCGGCCUGUGACAGCAAGUUCCACAGCGCCAUGCACUACGAUGGACAUGUUCGCUUUGACCUGCCCCCGCAAGGCUCUGUCCUGGCCCGGAAUGUCUCCACCCGCUCCUGUCCCCCACGCACUAGCCCUGCUGCAGAUCUGGAGGAAGAGGAGGACUGUGUGGAUGGAAGAGGGGACCGGAAGAGCACCGGCCUAAAGAUCUCCAAGAAGAAAGCAAGAAGGAGGCACACGGAUGACCCAAGCAAGGAGUGUUUCACUUUGAAAUUUGACCUCAACGUGGACAUUGAAACAGAAAUUGUGCCAGCCAUGAAGAAGAAGUCACUGGGGGAGGUGCUCCUGCCUGUGUUCGAAAGGAAAGGCAUUGCACUGGGUAAAGUGGAUAUCUACCUGGACCAAUCCAACACACCUCUGUCCCUCACAUUUGAGGCCUACAGGUUUGGAGGACACUACCUGAGGGUCAAAGCCAAGCCGGGAGAUGAAGGCAAAGUGGAACAGGGAGUGAAGGACCCCAAAUCCCUCAGUCUACCCAUCCUGAGGCCCACUGGGGCUGGGCCCCCUGUGUCGGAGCGUGUGGACCCUCAGAGCCGCCGAGAGAACAGUCUGGACAUCUUGGCCCCUGGCCGCCGUCGCAAGAACAUGUCUGAGUUCCUGGGGGAGACGAGCAUCCCGGGGCAGGAGCCCUCCACACCUUCCAGCUGUUCUCUGCCUCUUGGCAGCAGUGGAGGCACCAGCAGUGGGACCAGCGAGAGCUGGAAGAACCGAGCAGCCAGUCGCUUCAGCGGUUUCUUCAGCUCCAGCCCCAGCACCAGUGCCUUUGGGCGGGAAGUGGACAAGAUGGAACAGCUGGAGGGCAAACUGCAUGCCUACAGCCUCUUUGGACUACCCCGGAUGCCCAGGAGGCUGCGUUUUGACCAUGACUCCUGGGAGGAGGAGGAAGAGGAUGAGGAUGAAGAUGAAGAUAACUCAAGCCUGAGGCUGGAGGACAGCUGGAGGGAGCUCAUUGAUGGGCAUGAGAAGCUGACCCGGCGGCAGUGCCACCAACAGGAGGCAGUGUGGGAACUCCUGCAUACAGAAGUCUCCUACAUCCGGAAGCUGCGUGUGAUCAUCAACCUGUUCCUGUGCUGUCUUCUUAACCUGCAAGAGUCGGGGCUCCUGUGUGAGGUGGAGGUUGAACGCUUGUUCAGCAACAUCCCUGAGAUUGUGCGGCUGCAUCGCAGGCUGUGGGGCAGCGUGAUGGUGCCGGUGCUGGAGAAGGCGCGGCGCACGAGGGCGCUGUUGCAGCCUGGGAACUUUGUCAAAGGCUUCAAGAUGUUCGGCUCGCUCUUCAAGCCAUACAUCCGAUACUGUAUGGAGGAGGAGGGCUGUAUGGAAUACAUGCGUGGCCUGCUGCGCGACAACGACCUGUUCCGCGCCUAUGUCACGUGGGCUGAGAAGCACCAGCAGUGUCAGCGCCUGAAGCUGAGUGACAUGCUGGCCAAGCCCCACCAGCGACUCACCAAGUAUCCACUGCUGCUCAAGUCAGUGCUGAGGAAGACGGAUGAGCCGCGCACCAAGGAAGCAGUGAUCACCAUGAUCAGCUCUGUGGAAUGCUUCAUCCACCACGUGAACGCAUGCAUGCGCCAGCGACAGGAGCGCCAGCGGCUGGCAGGGGUGGUGAGCCGGAUCGAUGCUUAUGAGGUUGUGGAGGGCAGCAAUGACGAGGUGGAUAAGCUCUUGAAGGAAUUUUUACAUCUGGACCUGACCGCACCCAUGCCUGGCGCCUCCCCUGAAGAGAUUCGGCAGCUGCUGCUGGAAGGGAGCUUGAGGAUGAAGGAGGGAAGAGACAGCAAGAUGGAUGUGUACUGCUUCCUGUUCACUGAUCUGCUCUUGGUGACCAAGGCCGUGAAGAAAGCCGAGAGAACCAAGGUCAUCAGGCCUCCGCUGCUGGUGGACAAGAUUGUGUGCCGGGAGCUUCGGGACCCUGGCUCCUUCCUCCUCAUCUACCUGAAUGAAUUCCACAGUGCUGUGGGGGCCUACACAUUCCAGGCCAGCAGCCAGGCCUUAUGCCGAAGCUGGGUGGACACUAUUUACAAUGCUCAGAACCAGCUGCAGCAGCUGCGUGCCCAGGAGGAGCAGCCAGGCAGCCAGCCCCUGCAGAGCCUGGAAGAGGAGGAGGAGGAUGAACAGGAAGAGGAGGGGGAGAGCAGCGCCUCAGCCGCCAGCUCCCCCACCAUCCUGCGAAAGAGUAGCACCAGCCUCAACUCUCAGCACUGUGCCUCAGAUGGCUCCACGGAGACCCUGGCCAUGGUUGUGGUAGAGCCUGGGGAGAUGCUGUCUUCUCCGGAGUUUGACCGUGGUCCCUUCAGCUCCCAGUCGGACGGGACUUCACUUAGCACCACGGCUUCAUCCGUCACUCCCACUAGCGAACUGCUGCCCCUGGGCCCGGUGGACGGCCGCUCUUGUUCCAUGGACUCUGCCUAUGGCACUCUGUCCCCCACUUCUCUGCAAGACUUUGUGGCUCCACCCCCUGUGGUAGAGCCAGUGCCUGUGCCCCAGCCCCCGGAGUUACCACAGACCCCCUCACCCUGCCUCCGCCGUCGUACUCCUGUCCAGCUGAUCCCUCGUCUGCCCCGCCUGCUCAAGUCCAAAUCUGAGGCUAGUCUCUUACAGCUUCUCUCGGGAACUGCCACCCGUGGAGUGCCCCCAGCCCCCAGCCGCAGCCUGUCAGAACUGUGCCUAGUCACCAUGACCCCUGGGGUUAGGACUCGGAGCUCCCUUCAGGAAGGUGGACCUGGCUGGAAUUGCCCAGGGGCAUGUGGCCCUGGCCGUGGCUCCGACUUGUCAGAACCUGAGAACAGAGCCAGCCACUUGACCAGGGGACCUACAGGUUGUACCAGGAGAGACAUGCCUUCAGGGGUUGCUCCCAGGGUGCAGCCUGAGCUUCCCCCAGGAAUCUCCGCUCAGCACAGGAAGCUGACCCUGGCCCAGCUCUAUCGGAUCAGGACCACCCUGCUGCUUAACUCCACGCUCACAGCCUCGGAGGUGUGAGCGGAAGGAGACCCCCAAAAGUGCCACUGACUAAGGGACAGCAGAGAACACGCCACCUGGGUGUAUGGCACCUACUUCACUGCUGCCGCGUGUGCACGUGUGCCGGGCAGGAUGGCUGCCCAUCACCCCGUGGCCAAUUUGCACUUUGCCGGACUGGACGGAAUGGAGAAGGGCUCUGCCGAGUUCCACCCCUUGCCCAGGCAGCCUCUUUUCCUCUGCUCUUGACAUGGCUGGCCCUAACCCUCUGGGUGAGGCUCCCAAGCAGCCCUCCCCCACCACCCUCAUUUGGUUGAACUCAUGCUCGCCUCUGAGGCUCAGGCUGGAUUCUGUCAAGCUGCGUAUUUAUAGAGUUUGGCUCUUUUAUAAAGACUUGUAUAUACUUCCCGGGAGAGUCCUGUGGUUCUGGAACCAGAUCUGUUCCCUGCUCACUGCACUGAGCUGGCUGGGGUGUGUGGGUCUCACCAGCUGUAGUGGGGCCCCUGUGGAAGAUACUGUGGGCCAGUACCCCAAGAUCAACUUGUCUCCUGCCACAACCAGGAGGUCACCAUUAAAUUGGAGCCCCAAGGAAAUGCUUCUUGUCCCUGCCCUUGCUGAACCCUUCUAGACUCUAGAUUCUAGAGGGUAUUGCUUAACUCGGCUCCAUCCAUCCCAGGUUCCACACCUGGGAGAUGCAGGUCUCUCGCAGACCUAACUUUUCCCAACCCCAUCCCAAGUACUCCAGGCCCAGAGAAAAGACACUUGCCCUGGACCCACUUCUAAGAAACGUCCCGAGGGUGGGGUUAGGAUGUAACCAUGUCCUAAUAGGUUUAGUCAAAGCCUGUGUCAGCUUCCAGUACCUGAAGUGCGCCGCGCCGGCAAGGUCUCUUUCUGGUAGAGAGUCACGCCCCCUUAGAACCGCAGACCCCACCCUGGCCAUCCCCUGAGGCGGGCUUUUCUGGAUGGCGCGGGCGGGCAGGCCUGGGCUAGGAACUCGGGCUGGGCUAGUGGGGAAGCCCCGGGCUGCGGGACCAGAGUAGCACUGAAAGGUCCCAGGCGGUACAGACCGCCAUGGAGCCACUGCCACGGGGAUACAUGAAGGAGGUGAGUGGGAUCGAGGGAGGCCUGGAAACAGCUUUGUCCUGCAGCCCAGGAGCUAAGUGUCUAUGAAGCUUGGUGGUGGGGUGCCCUCCACUCCGACCUCUCUGAGGGCUGGGUUGCCUCCACCCACCGACCUAGUUAGGUUCGGGCGCGCCCUUCCGCUGAGAGGAAGCACACGCUCCCGCUCCGGGGAAAGAGGGGUCUGGGGGCCUCCAUAUCGCAGAAGGCAUGGAUGGGGGCAGGGUGGGCCGGUCUUGAUGAUUGUAAGGGAAGUGGGUGAAGGGCUGACAAGGGACCGUCGUGUGUUGUGCGUGCGUAAGCUGGGUCUGUAGACCGAGAAGGAAACUGGCCCCGCUCCCCCUCCCAUGGGCGCCCCAUUCUGCCCAGAAGCCUGAGAAAGCAGAUGCUAUGGCUCUGGGAUGGAGGAGGAGCCUGGGAGCCACCCAGGGGUCAGCAGCCGCAUGU